AGAACAAGGGAACAUCGUUGUACCUGUCGUGAUGUCCAGCACGUUUCUGGGUUAUUGUCUGUCAAAUGCUUCUUCCCCGUGGAUUUUUCCAACGUGGAACUGACUCUGGUAGCCAAAUUGAUAUCAACGAUACAUAACUGCUAUCCAUCGUUGCUCCUCAUGAACAAACUGCCACUCUGGACUUUGGCAUCGGAGCCAUCGAUAUAACUGGCAGGUUAUUCUCACGCACAGGAAGGCAGCAUAUCGUUUCAAGUGUAUCGCCUUUCAUCGAUUUCAUCUUUUACCAAUGGCUGCAACAUCGACAUCGAUACCCUCCUGGCUUUCCAGAGCAUUAUCAAAUGAUUCACAAUUUAUAUCCGAAACCGUUUGCCCCGCACUGUCUAAACGCGAAUACGCUCGCGAUCACAUGCGAACUCGAUCUCUCACAGAAUCACCUUCAACGUCACUUCUUGCGCGCGGGCAGCAAGCAUUGACUUCUGCACUCGGAAAGAUCGAUCCCGUCGCACACUACUCCAUCACCAUAGCUCAUCAUCCAGACAAUAUAGUAGCUAAUCGCUACUCCAACAUUCAACCAUAUGAUCGGACGCGCGUUGUUGUGGGUGAUCUGAAGGGCAGUCACUGUAGUAUCGGAGCAGAGGGUAGCAAGGGAAGAUAUUUUAAUGCAAGCUGGGUGCGGGAGCUCUAUGGCGGGAAGUCAUGGAUUGCUACCCAAGCACCCCUUCCGCGCACGGCCCAUGUGUUCCUCAGUGCCAUCGUACAACCAAUUUCUACUCUUCCAGCAUCUCUCAAGUCUUCCCAUAUGCAUUCUUUCAGUCGUGUGCGGACUAUCGUUCAGCUCACACAAAAUGUAGAGAGAGGACGACAGAAAGCUCAUGCCUAUUUUCCCGCCACCCCUGGCCAAUCGAUGCUAUCGAACCCAGAUGAGACAAGCGAUGCACCUGUACUGAAGGUGACGCUACUGGAGAGCAAGCGAAUCAAUGAAGCCUGCUGCGUGCAGAGCAAGGUCUCCGUUGUUCCAGUCACCUCAACAAAUCCGCAGGAUGCUGUGGUGUUUACCCAUUUGCUGUAUGCUGCAUGGCCGGACCACGGGGUCCCUGAGGAUGAGGAUCGAGCUAGCCUUCUCGCUUUCGUUCAUCUUGUGGAUCGCGUUAACAAGGAUACCUCUUCACUCCCUUCAUCUGCGGACCCAGACCCUCCUAUCAUGGUCAACUGCUCUGCCGGCAUAGGGCGGACCGGAUCAUUCAUCGCAAUGUCCUCAUUGUUACGCGCAUACCAUCUUUUGAGUGACAGCCUGCCCUUGAAUACCCUCGCACCUCCCCCACAGCCUUUGUACUCUUCGCCUGUCCCUCCGCUGGGGCCCUUACCAAAGGAGCUUCAGGAAGACCUAAUAGCACAGGAGAUUGACAACUUGCGAGAGCAAAGACCGGGGAUGGUCCAAAGGGAUGAACAAAUUCAUCUUAUUUACGACAUCCUAAACCAAGCGUUUGGAGUAAGAGGUACCGCUUGAUCAUCUGCUCUUGCAGUACAUAGCCCAAUUCAAUGUGACAUGUUUAUUCCACCACUACGCGGUAGUCCUUUAGAAGUAUGCCAUGAUAUCCAUCGGUUACUAUGUCGUACACGCCUAUUAGUCUGUAAAUGUACUUGCCGCC